CUGCGUAGUUCGCCGAACUCCCUUUCUGCCUCCGCUGCCGCCAUGGCGCCCGUGAAAAAGCUUGUGGCGAAGGGGGGCAAAAAAAAGAAGCAGGUUCUGAAGUUCACCCUUGACUGCACCCACCCCGUAGAAGAUGGAAUCAUGGACGCUGCCAAUUUUGAGCAGUUUCUUCAAGAAAGAAUCAAAGUUAAUGGAAAAGCUGGUAAUCUCGGUGGAGGGGUGGUGACCAUCGAAAGGAGCAAGAGCAAGAUUACUGUAACCUCAGAGGUGCCUUUUUCCAAAAGGUAUUUGAAAUAUCUCACCAAAAAAUAUUUGAAGAAGAAUAAUCUACGUGAUUGGUUGCGCGUAGUUGCCAACAGCAAAGAAAGCUAUGAAUUACGCUACUUCCAGAUCAACCAGGAUGAAGAGGAGGAGGAAGAUGAGGAUUGAAACUCGCUUUUCCUGGAAUGUUUUCUAUGAUUCCUUUAAUAAAACUUGGGAAACCAAA